CAAGCUGUGUGGAGUUCACCAUGAGGAACGUCAGCCGGGGAGACGCUGGGCCCGUGGUCUGCGCUGUGCAGGGGGCGUACGGGUCAAAGACUGCACAGCUUCAGGUGCAAGAGAAUGGUUCAGUCAGCGUCACAGCAGGAAACCUGAAGGUGAUGCAGGACGAGCAGGUGGAGUUCCAGUGUGAUACAGCUUCUUGGUUUCCUUCACCAACUGUCAGCUGGGCUCUAAAUGAUCACCUUGUGGACAGCAGCCUUUACAACACCACCAGCAUGGCUGAUGGGGAUUCUUUUAACUCCACCAGUGUCCUCAAGUUUCAGGCUGUCAGAAACACCACAGUGGAGUGUCGGGCGACCCUGGAGACGCUGACAAAACCACAAAGCAGCUCAGUAUUCUUAGUGGUUGUUCCCAAGCCUCCAGACUGGACAGUGCUGAUUGCAACGGUUGUGUCCAUCGGAGGAUUCGCUCUGCUGGUUUUACUCAUCAUAGGAAUCAUCUUCUGCUACAAACGCAGGAAAGAAAAACAGCCCAACUAUCGAGAUGAAGUGAGGAGGGUGAGAACACAGAGUCAGUUAAGUGCUGUCACUGCAGUCGGACGGGGUCAGGUGAACGCAGGUUACGUGAAGGAUGGUCAAACAAAUGUUAUUCCUAGCGACAUCACUGACAGCAGUUUCUCACAGGCAAAUGGCUCAAAUUUUUGGAGGUAUUCUUAUCAUGUUAUACACAGAUGCCUGAUGUUGUGAACAGUAACCAGACAGGAAACGUCUUCUGUCUCUCGGGUACUGUGGAUGAAUCAGGCUUCAAGAAACACAGACAUGUCACCAUUGUGUGAGCUGCACACAGCCUGCAAACACAUGAGCUCAGCACUGCACUUUGACGCUUCACUGCUUCGUUUCUGAAGGUGAAAGAAAGGUGUGAGGAGGGAGUGACUCUGUCCACACCAAAGACCGAUGCACUGCAGUCAGACGAGGAAGAGAUAUAAAAACAGGACAUGUUUUUUUUUUUAAUUCGCUGACUGUUAGAAGCUGUAUCAGCAGAAUACAACAUUUUGAAAUCAUAGAAACGUGUAAUGAAAACACGUUAAGAUUGCAAAACAUCUAUGGGCUUUUUUUGUAUUUCUCGGGCUUUUUGAAAGUGCUACAGUCAUCAUCUGCUGCGGUUGCAGUCGCAGCCUUAUCACAGAGCAAACCAAAGUGAGCAUAAUUAACAGUUUAAUGACCGCUGGAGCAGCAUUUGAGGCUGAACCAGCAUAAACUGUUCCACUUAUUGGACACAGGCUGUUUUUUUUGUUUGAUGACUACGUGUUUCUGUUUUUUUACUAAGCCAUAUCUAUUUAUUGAGGCAUUAUGUAACUCAAAUUAAAUAUUCAAAGGGGGGCAAUCUGAAACCUCUUUUGUUCGCCAGCAUCUGAAAAUGUCCUCAAAUUUAAUCCCCUCUUAAAUGUAAUGCUGAUGGCGACUGCUCUUUGAUCAGUGGCCUAUUUCUUACAUUUUUAAAUUAUUUGAACUAAUAAAACCUUUUCAUAUACAAAAGUAAAUGUGCCAGUUUGUCAAAGAGUCUCCAUGAAGAACAUGUCAUAUGCAUUAGAGGAAUAAAAUCAUUUUAAUUAGUCA